AUGAUCCAGGGGCGGGCGAUUAGCCGCGCCACGCUCGAUACUCCUCAGAGCCCUAUCCUGAGCACAUCGGAAAAGCCAAGGAACUCAAUCAUGGGCGUUUCUGGCACCACCUCGUUUUCGGCCUCGGCUUUGCCGCAAAGAAAAACAACGAGCCGAUUCAAAGAGAAGACUCUUUGUCGAGAGAAGAAUUCCGAUGAUGUGGGGUCGACAAAGGCAAGGGGGCUCAUGCGAAAGCGUUCCCUUCAGAGUGCUACCACGCGAGCCCCUGGAACCGCCCGAAGCCGCGACGUCACCCCAACCAAACGCACCUCGCCUCCAAAGCCGAAGUUCCAAAAGUUGUACGGCGGAUCGAGCCCGAGGGAGGGGCGGUGUGCGACGGCGGGGGCGUCUCGUCGGCCAUAUUCGGCGGCAGGGAUAGGGGCGGCUCGCCCGCCGCAAGUGAACGAUAGGCAACUGCGCAAGCGUAAGGAGGACCUCCGACGGGAGUUGUAUGCGUGGAAUAGGGCUCUGGAGCAAAAGGAAGGCGAUAGCGACGCCGUUUGA